AUCAAUCAACACGCUGUUGCAUCCCCUCAGCAUCACUCCUUCUGCUCCCAUCCUGAUUGAUGCUAGCCUGCUUUCUCUGACACGCCUCUCCUUCUUCUCCAUAUCUACUUUCCUUAUCCACCAGCCCCAUCAGCGCAAGCCUCGCAUCCUGCAUCACAUCACGUGAAGCCGACCACUGAUCUGUCCACUCAAUUGAAAGAAGCAUAGCUGAGACUUUCCGGCUCCGCUGCGGGAGCAAUGGACCACACAGUACACGUAGAAUCCGAUAGCACAUCGGACACCGAUGACCAAACCAAAGUCUGGGAGUCCGACCCUCGCUCCGUGACGACUCAUCUCGCUCAUGACUCAGCUCACGCGACACUACCGGUGGGGUGUGGCAUCGGCCACCGCGUCCAGGCCAGUAGGUCAGUCCUAGCCCUGGUUUUGGACCAGGAAUGCGUUUUCGCGGGUCUUCAGGGAGGAGACAUUGUCGCGUGGUCCUUGGACACGUACGAUCUGGUUCUCUCGGUGCAUGCUCACCAAGAGAGCGUCCUUGAUCUAUUCCUUUCUGAGGAUGGAGAGCUUCUUUUCUCCAGUGGAGGAGAUUCCGUCGUCAAUGUUUGGUCGACGAGGACCUUUGACCGGCUUUAUUCUAUCCACUCCCACCAUGAUGUGGGUGACAUCUUCGCGGUGGCGUAUUCGUCCACCCUGAAGACAAUUUACUGUGGUGGUCAAAACACCAGCAUUCAGUGGUGUGAUAUCUCACAACCGGACGCGGCUUUGACCCAGCAUUCGGCCGCUCAGUUGUCUAGACGGACCCAUCGAUUCUUUGAUUCUCGAGGCCCGGAUGGUAGUCGUGCUCCUAGAUCGGACCUGGGCACCGAUGGCGUUCAUCCGGGUGGCCAAGUUCUCACAUUCAAGCGGGACCACCACCGCUUAUUCUCGCACCAUGGCUACAUCUACACCAUGCUUCUAGUGAGGGGGCUGAUUGAGUCGGCACCUGCUGAAGAGGUGCUUCUGACCGGUGCGGGCGAUGGUGUUGUCAAAAUGUGGCGCUUGAACGAAGACAAGGACAAUGCAGUGCCUUCGCCGAUCGCGAAGCUUCAAAAUGGAGACCCCGUCCUUUCAAUCGCUGUAGAGGGCUCAUUCCUCUACUGUGGUCUUGCAGGGGGCUCCUUGAAUAUCUGGAAUUUGGACUCUCAUCAGCUGGUGAAGCGAAUCUCCAUGCAUACGGGUGACCUGUGGGCAGUCGAUAUCAUCAACGGCGUCGCGGUGUGCGGAGACUCCUACGGUGCCAUCAAAAAGUUCAACUCACGGUUUGAGGAAAUUGGUAGCUGGGUGGCCCAUGGAGGCACCAUGCUGGCAUCGUCGGCCGGUCGCUUCAAGGAUCGUUACAUCUACGCCAGCGGUGGAAACGACAAUACUGUCGGUAUUUGGGAUUUGACGGAUGUGUCUCGCGCGCAGACCGAGCAGCCUCCAAUUAACAAUGAUGAAAUGGUCAACUGCCUGUCCAAAUUUGUGGCAUUCAAAACGAUCUCAUCAAGCCCGAAAUUUGCCGGCGAGUGCAACCAGGGUGCUGCAUUCCUUCGUCGACACUGCAUCUACCUCGGCGCCAAAACCAAUCUAUUGACUACCGGAGAGGAUACGAAUCCAAUUGUGCAUGCACGGUUCACCGCCACGGCCCCGAACAAGGUCGACAAAACAAUCCUGUUUUACGGGCAUUACGAUGUCGUCGGAGCGGAUGCUCACCGGGCCAAGUGGAACACGGAUCCCUAUCAACUGACCUCCAUUGACGGUUUCUUGUACGGUCGCGGCGUGUCGGAUAACAAAGGACCUAUCCUGGCGGCCCUUUAUGCUGCUGCCGACCUUGCGCGGCAAAAGGCGCUCCCCUGCAACGUCGUCUUCCUGAUCGAAGGCGAAGAAGAAUCUGGGUCCCAGAAUUUCCACGAAACAGUUCGCAAGCACAAGCCGGAAAUUGGUCCGGUGGACUGGAUCUUGCUGGCCAACAGUUACUGGCUCGAUGACCACAACCCGUGCCUGACCUACGGCCUGCGUGGAGUUGUUCAUGCCAACCUCGUCGUAACCAGUGAUCACCCUGAUCUGCACAGUGGUAUUGAUGGAAGUUCCUUGCUCGACGAGCCAUUGAAAGACCUGACCAUGCUCCUGGGCACUUUGGUUGGGUCCAAGGGCCGCAUCAACCUCCCGGGUUUCCAAAAACCGGUUCUCCCACUCACCGAGACGGAAAGGCAACGCUACACCGCGAUUGCGGAGAUUCUCCUGCCGCACCACCCCGAAAUUGCUGAUAGUGAAGCACUCAUCAAGUCCCUCAUGCAUCGCUGGCGUGAGCCGUCUCUCACCAUUCAUGCUGUCGAGGUGCCAGGCAGCAGCAAGGGCGCGACCACGACUAUAUCUCGCAAAGCCAAGGCCAGCCUGUCCAUCCGACUUGUACCAAACCAGGAAGCGGACGAAGUGGCCACCAACCUAACUCUCUACGCACAGGAGCAGUUUGACCGACUGGACUCGCAGAAUGACCUGACCAUUGAGAUCACGGGCAAAUCGGAUCCUUGGUUGGGAGACCCGGACAAUGAGAUAUUCGAGACCCUGGCUGAGGCGAUCACGGCUGCGUGGUCGCCCAGCAACAAGCCUCAAAAAUACGCAUUUCCGCCUAUUCAACGCGAGAUUUCUGACCUGACGACCGGCGCCAAGCGGUCGAAGGAGCGGUCCGGUCUUCAGCGCAAAGAUUCGGCCGAUAGCUUGGCAUCGCACAUUGACCGGAUCAUCAUGUCAACGACGACCUCCUCGGCGGAGAAAGCAGCGCGUCAACGGUCGUCUCUGAGCACGGCGGUUCCGACGUCAUCUACCCUGGCGAGCAAUUCGGGGGCACCUGUCGCUGAGGAACCGGCGGGGACAUCAGCUCCCAACGUGGCUGGGGAGAAAGCUUCCGGUGCGACGGUGGUCGAACGCGCCGGGUCCAGUGUGCGGCCGAUCUACAUUCGCGAGGGCGGAUCGAUCCCGACCAUCCGGUUCCUGGAGAAAGAGUUUUCGGCGCCGGCGGCGAACCUACCGUGUGGGCAGGCCAGCGACAAUGCGCAUCUUUACAAUGAACGGUUGCGGGUGGAGAAUCUGUACAAAAGCCGGGAGAUUUUUGGGUACGUAUUUUCGAAAUUGCCGGAGAGGUUGUAGGUAGAUAGAUAGUCGAUAGAUGGAGAGGAUAAUAAUAUCUAAGUGGAGAAUGGAGAU